UACGAGAGACAGAGAACGCAACACUAGGUGAAGGGGAACAUGGCAGUCGGCGUCAGUGUUCAGCAUGGAUUAUUUAGCAGAAAAGCGUCGCUAAUUUACAGUUUUCCCAGAAAGAUAGCACUGAACGGGGUUUGUAUUCAAAGAGUGGCUGAAAUACAAAGUGUGAGAGCGUCAACAAACACAGCAGGGGAGAAUCAGCACAGUGAGAAAUACUGUCUGAACCUGGUCAGGUCCAGAGACUAUGAGGGCUUCUUGUCGUGUCUCCUCCUCCCAGAGGAGGCGCGGCGCUCCUCUCUGGCUCUGAGAGCCUUUAAUGUGGAGCUGGCACAGGUGAAGGACUCCAUUUCCCAGAAGACCAUUGGUCUGAUGCGAAUGCAGUUCUGGAAGACGGCCAUAGAGGAGAUCUACAGAGAUGACCCUCCGAACCAGCCAGUCAGCACUGAGCUGUGGAAGGCAGUGAAGACACAUGGUCUUACAAAAAGAUGGCUGAUGAGGAUUGUUACAGAGAGGGAAAAGGAUCUGGAUGACAGAGCCUACAGGAACCUACAGGAGCUUGAGAAGUAUUCAGAGAACACACAGUCUUCACUAUUUUACCUGCUGCUGGAGUGUUUAGGAGUGAGAAAUGUCCAUGCAGAUCAUGCAGCAAGUCACAUAGGAAAAGCUCAGGGAAUCACCACGUGUCUCAGAGCGACUCCUUACAACAGCAGCCGAAGGAAAGUCUACCUGCCCAUGGAUAUAUGCAUGCUGCGCGGAGCGUCUCAGGAGGAUUUCAUCCGUGGCAGCCGGGAGAAGAACGUUCGAGAUGUUGUGUUCGACAUCGCUAGCCAGGCUCACGUGCACCUUGAACAUGCCCGAUCGUUUAGCCACAAUGUUCCAGCAGCAGCAACCCCGGCCUUCCUUCCCACUGUCGUGUUAGAGGACUAUCUGCAGAGAGUCAGGAAAGCUGAUUUUGAUGUUUUCCACAAGAGCCUGCUGAACAGAAACCCUCUGCUGCCCUUCCAGCUGUACCUCCGUUCCUGGAAGAAGACCUUCUGAUUCCACCUCUCCCAGUUCAACCAGUUUGACUCUUAACUGCAGCACUGGCACGCAGAGACUUUAUUUACUGAGAUUCUGCUCUCAGAAUGCUAAACAGCACGUUAAUAAAGACACACAGACUUUGUGAAAUAUGAGCACUGGCACUGACAUCCUCACGCUCAGAGAAACUACAAACCCCAGCUGCUGGUUUUCACUCCCAUCAGCUUUGUAUCUGGAGUUUUUUUUCCUUAGAAAACAGAUGGAGGAAAGAUACAGAGCUCUAACAGAGACACACUGGGCUUUGGAGAGAAAAUACUGCAGUAAUUAAAUGUUUUUUAUUCUCAACUGACCUCUAUGUGACCUGAUUGUCCAUCAUCUCCAUUGAUUUAAACUUUUAAGAUUUGAUUGGAUUUAUAUUCCUGGAAAAUUGGCGCCACUUACAGCUUAUCUUGUUAACUAUUGAUCCAAAGAAACCCAACAAUAUGAUGCCGUUAUUUCUUUUACUUUUCACAUAUCAAUGAAAUUAUUUAGUUAUGUAGCAACCUGGUGAAAAAUUAGCAGUUUUUGUUAAAACCAUUUGAUGUUUUUCCAGCUGUCAAGUGUUUCAUCUCAGUCUAAUUAUUUGUCUUAAAAUUAAUAAUUUCUUUCAGUUCUCAACAAAUUAUGAGAAAAAGUUAUUAAAAGUGUCAGUUGUAAAGUUUCAAAAUUUGGGUUGUUUUUGAUCUUCUGAUAAAGAUUGUUUAUCUGUUGCAGUUCUCAAAACAUAAAAAAAUAAGAGCCUCUUUUCCUUUUGGAAAACUAGUAAACAUCUGUUUCCCUACAUCCACAACAGACUGCAGCUUUUACACGAGACUCUGAAACUUGUUAGUUUUCACCAUCAUGCAGAGGUUUUCUAAUCAUAAAACAUUUCCUAACAUAUUUAAGAGAAUCUCUGCAAAUCCUUCCUGGCUGCAAUUGCAGAAGACAAAAUAAACCAAACGCUCUGAUGCCAUUUUCCUCCCAGAUUUUGAAAGAACAGAAUCUCAGGAUAAUAAGGCAAAUUAUGUGAGUGCAGGCAGCAUCAAAUACAAACCAUUUUAUCUAUGAACAAUACAAAUUACCGCAGUGGAGAGCAGUCUGAGGUGGCCUACUGCACAAACACACUCAGACUUGACUCACUGUUUGUCGCUGUUACAGUCUGUCUCACUUCAGGUAAAUUGUGGGUUCUGCAGCUGCUGUCAACCCAGAGGUGCUGUGGAUAGAAAUAAAAAAAAAUAAAACAAGCUAGUUUCUUAGUUUCAACCUGACAAAACCAUAAAGUAAAUGAAAUCAUUUCUUUUCUGUCUGUAUGAUUAAAAAUCAACAGUAUAUUUGAAUAAAUUAUUGAUAAAAGCUCUGAUUUAUUAUUGUU